AAAGAUGUGGGUUUUUGGUUACGGGUCCCUGAUCUGGAAGGUGGAUUUUCCCUAUCAGGACAAGCUGGUCGGAUACAUCACAAACUACAGCAGGCGUUUCUGGCAGGGCAGCACGGACCACCGCGGGGUCCCCGGCAAGUCAUCUUUCUGAAUCAUCUCCUCUAUGUGGGGACCCUCUGCUACAGUCAGACUCUUGGCCUGGUGUAGUCCUGCCUCUAAGGAUUCGUGAAUUAGUGACAAUAUAAGCUACUGGAAGCAAGAAUCAAGAUUUCUUCUUCUCCACAGCACAGACCUGGAAGAGUUGUGACUCUUGUUGAAGAUCCUGCGGUAUGGGAUGUGUAUGGGGUGUUGCUUACAGAUUGCCAGCAGGAAAGGAAGAAGAAGUAAAAGCAUACCUUGACUUCAGAGAGAAAGGAGGCUACAGAACCACAACAGUCAUUUUUUAUCCAAAAGAUACCACAACAAAACCAUUCAGUGUAUUGCUAUAUAUUGGAACAUGUGAUAAUCCUAACUAUCUUGGUCCUGCACCUCUGGAAGACAUUGCUGAACAAAUUUUUAAUGCAGCUGGUCCAAGUGGAAGAAAUACAGAAUAUCUUUUUGAACUUGCAAAUUCUAUAAGGAACCUUGUGCCAGAAGAAGCAGAUGAGCAUCUUUUCGCUUUGGAAAAAUUAGUAAAGGAACGUAUAGAAGGGAAACAGAAUCUCAAUUGCAUAUAAAGAACUAAUCAUUGACUUUUCUAAACAAGCAGAGCUUUUAGUCUUCAGAGAAUUAACUUCAGUGCAAAAUGGCAAUAUGAUUUGGAAAUACGUUUAAAGAUUGUAUUUUUAAUCUAGUCAGGAUAUUAUCUAAACUUAUAGUUUAAUUGGAAAUGUCCUGAAACACAUAUAUUCAAAAGAUUGGGAUACAGUGAAAGAAAAAUUCAAAUUUUAAUAACAUAAAGAUUUCCUAAUUUUAUACUAGUGAACAGUUACUCAUUAGAAGUGAGUUCUUCAGAAAAAUGCAGUGAAAGACUCAGUUUAGUCUGGUUUUUAUCAGAAUAACAAUAAUCCUGUUGUUUCAUAUCCCAAUACUAUUUUGAAGUUCUAAAGAAUUAAACCAAAAGUUCAUUAAAUAUAAGGUUAUGCCUUCAAUAUAUUCCCAUACAAUUCCAUAGCCAUGGUUUAAAAUAUACAAGCUUAAAAUAACUUGAUUAGAAAUACACAGUAAUAUGAAUAGUAUUUCAGCCUUAAUUGUGAAUUUCCUUAUUUCGGUAUUAAAUGAAACCUUUUCAGUUUUGAGCCAAAAAUUGGCAUUUUUUUAAUAUAAAAGUUUCCUUGGAAUUAUAAUGUACUGUACCUCUUCUUUUUUAAAUAAAGGCAUUUUACUGCAUGGAAAAUAACUCACUAAAGCACAAAUUACAUUAUACAAAUUAUGAUCACUAA